GAAAAUUAAAUAAUAUACAAUUUAUGUACCUAUAAAUAGAUAGAAGAAGCUCCAUCUCUUUCAAGGUACCAACCACCAAAAUCUUUCACCACACAUUUCUCCUUACUUUUGUCCUAAAACCAAACCCUAGAAACCAAAAAAUGGAAGAAGCCCUAAGGAACUUCACCGAAUCUAGCCACUCACCCGACCCAAAUCCUUUCACGAAAAACUUCACUGAUGCUACAGCUUCACCAGUUAGCCGCAACCGCAAACCGUCUUCAAAAGAUACCACAGUAACCAUCGCCGGAGUUGGCAGCAGCACGACGAGGUACCGCGGCGUACGCCGGAGGCCGUGGGGACGAUAUGCGGCUGAGAUACGUGACCCAAUGUCAAAGGAAAGACGGUGGCUCGGAACAUUCGACACGGCGGAGCAAGCCGCUUGUGCUUACGACUCUGCGGCUCGUGCCUUUCGUGGAGCUAAGGCUCGUACCAAUUUUGCUUAUCCGACAGCUGUUAUUAUGCCUGAGCCAAGGUUUUCCUUUUCUACCAAGAAAUCUCUGUCGUCCCCCCGUUGUCCUCUUCCUUCUCUACCGUUAGAUCUCUCUACCCAGGACUUUUUCGGUGCACCGGCAGCGCAGAGGAUUAAUACACAGUCUAUCUUCUUACGUGACGCCUCGUGUUCCUCUCGUAAAACGACUCCGUAUAACUCUUUCAAUGUUUCAUCUUCUUCUUACUCAGCACCGAAGACGGCAUGCUUUUCAUCUUCCGACAACGAAAACAACGAGUCGUUUUUCCCGGAAGAAUCUUCUGAUUCUGGUCUUUUACAAGAGGUCGUUCAAGAGUUCUUGAAGAAGAAUCGCGGCACUCCUCCGCCACCAACACCACCGCCGGUGACCAGCCAUACUCAUAACUCUGGUGAUUUCUCUGCUCUCACUCUCUACUCUGACAAUAUGUUUCAAGACACGAAGGAGUCCCUAUCGUCGAAACUAGAUCGCUUCGGGAAUUUCCAAGCUAAUGACUCCGGUUAUUUCGACGGCGUAAGCGCCGCCGCAGACGGUGGUUCAAACGAGUGGGGGUAUCAAGAAAUGUUGAUGUACGGAACUCAGUUAGGCUGUACUUGCCGGAGAUCGUGGGGAUAGCUAGAUCUUCAUCAUGAUUAUGUUUUGCGUCUUGGUACUAUCUACAUAGUUUAAAGAUUUCUUCCUUUCCCAAUGUUGGAUAUUAACUAAAAAUAUGUUUAAGAUGAAUUUGCUAUAGAUUUUAAGUUGUUAUUUUAUAAUUAAAGCUUUCGAAUUUAAGUUUAUGUUUAGGGCUAUCGCAAGUUUAUUAUUCUUCUGGUCUUCGUGCGUGUGUAUUACUGUGUUAUAAAAAGGAAAACGUUAUUGAGAUUACAAGUUUGAAAUGGACAAGGACAAUGAAACUGAUGUUACAAAAAAAAAAAUUAAAGUAAAAAAAUGUAGAAUAUAUACUCAUUACACGGUUAAUGAUUUAAGUUGUAUCCUAAUUUAUAAUCAAAACUUGUUAACCAGCUUAAAGCCUCUAACUUACUCGUAAAUCAUAAUAGCAAAUAUGAUAAGAGGUUAGUAAAAUGUAGAAAAAUUUCUUUGUUCAGCAAUGUGGGCAUCGACCUAUUUAAAGUGAAUCUGCAGAUGAAAAAAGUGAUAUCCUUACAUUAAAUUCUAACUUAUUUGUUUGUAGUCUGAAAAGUGGACUUUCGUACGUACAAAAGGCAGUGUUUGUCUCUGUCUUCUCCAUCUUUUCGUGCUCUCUUCAUUCUAUCACCAAAGGAAAAGCUAAACUACUAAUUACUAAAUAAUAAAGGUCAAGAACUUUAAAUAUUGAUUGAUAUCAAAAUAAUUCAGAUGAUUUGAUCAUUAUACAAAUUUUCACACACGUUGAUAAAACAGUACUGAAUUUCGAAGAAUAAACUAAAAUAUAUUCGGAAUGAGUUUCAAUUCAUUGUGAAUUUGAUGAAAUGCAAAAAAAAUCUACGGAGAUGCGUUUUUUUGGUAUCAAAAUGUACUCACUGACACUACACAUGUUUGCAAUUCCGUAUGUUUCGUGGUUAUUGCUCGAUGCAACAUUCACAUAUAUGGAUGAAAAUUAGUAGUAUACGAAAACAACAAAAAUGGUACCAAACAAAAUGAACGUUUGUUCAUAUUACAAAACAUCAUGAUAUAUAUGCACUUUACGAAAAAUGGUCUCAAUCUCUUUAUUAUCGACACACACAAGUACACUAAUCAUAUAUUUGUAAUUCAAUUUAAUGUCUCAUAUAACUAGACAACUUAGAAAUUACUGUUGGGUGCUAACUUUAUAAAUCUCAACGAAUUAAAGUGAAAUCAUACUAGGGCAUAAAUAAUUAAAGGGUGAAGGUCAAAUUGUCUCGAGAUAAAGGCGCAAGGCUAGGGUUUAUAGGUAUUCGUAGAACACUUAAGUUAAUAUUCGUUAGGCAACUAUAG